CCCCAAUGACAGUGAAAAUCCAUCAUGGCGCAGAGGGGCUGCCGUAACUCUUUUUUUCUGCCACGACCAAACCACAUAAAAUGACUUGAGCUUAUUCUACACGCAGCUGUCAUAGGUCGUAAUGUGGAAAUGUAGUUGUGCGAAGUGCUGCCCACAGCGUAUAAAGGACACACUAACGAUGGAACAUUAAUUUCUGCUUGGCCACGAAAUCAGGGAACAAAACAUGAAGCUGAACGGUGUAGGCGGGAAGCACUACAGCCCGCUUCCUCAGUGUGACGAUGAACCGAUCACAGAGCCACCCCCUCACAAAACUCCAGUGCCUGGCGAUAAUAAAGUGCCGGGUGAUCUUUCAACGGAACCCAUCGAUGAGAGGGAGUUACCCAUGUCCACGGCUCGGAAGAUCUGCUUCGUGUUGAGUCUCAUCGCUGCUGCUCUGUUUGUGGUGUCUCUGGGUUGGCUCAUUCCCUGUCGUUACGGGGCACUCCUUCCGCUGGAGAGCGUACCCACGGUGGCUCAAGAGUGGACCUUCGACUUUAGUGGACUAGUGUUGACCUCCAACCUGAUGUCCAGCAUUACACCCGAGCGAGGGUGCAAGUCGACGGUGCACCUGGGCUUCGAGCGGCCGGGCGAGACCCUCACCUGGGGAUUGUUGGCCGUGGACGGCAAGACGGGAAACACGCUCUGGGAGACGCAGUUGUACGGACGGGUCGCGCACCACACAUGCUACCAUUUCUGCAUUGCAGUAGGAGACGGAACAUCGCCUCUGCUGGCGGCGCUCAACAAGUCUGACGGUACGGUGCUGUGGUACGCACACGACCAUAACAACGCGACUACUAUAGAGACUAUUUCUGAGGUUGAGGUGGCACCGGACUGCAACGGAGACGGCAUGCCGGACUUUGUUGCGGUACUGAAGGUCCGAUUUGCUGGCGAAUCCAGGUGGGCAGCCACAGUGGUGUCAGGCUCGGACGGUCGUCUGGUUUCAACGCCCUUGCACCUCAGAAUGUGCACCCAACGUCCCGCUCACGUCACCCUGUUGCCGAGGGAUCAAACUGCCGAUGUGUUCUUCUUUUGCCGUACGCUUGCAGGAGACGGUGUCAUAUUCAAAACCACACUGAGUGAAUUAUGCAACGAAGGCCAACGCAACUUACAAAUUAUAUGGAGUAAAGCCAGCUUUAAAGGAGAAAUAAUGCUAAGGACGCUUACGGGUGACGACGCCCCUUCCCUCAUCGUGGGCUGGGGGAAAGGGCACCUGAUGCGUCUCACUGGACCACACUUCACGAAGCAGUGGAGCAUCCACCUCGCGCUGGACUCCCCGAUAAGGACAAUGCUCGUGGGGCAUUUCAAGGCGUUUGCCAUGUCGCAGCUAUUUGUCGCCUCGGAUCAUAACGUCCAUUCCACGCUGUUCCAGCUGGUUGGAACAGCAACCGGACAAGUGGAAUGGCGCAUGCAGUACGACAAUGCCACCGUGCAUGUGGCACACCUGGUACCUGGUCUUUCCAAGUACGUGGACGGGGCCCUGCUCAAGGCAACGGUGAACCUCUCGGCUACGCGUCAGGACGCAGCCCUCUGGGAAGAAAAAUUGAGAGAUCCAAAUUAUGCGUCCUAUGUCAAGCUGUUCCGUGCAGGAAGCAGCUUUGAAUCCAAGGAUCUCAAGGUGAAGAGCCAAGAAGAACAAUACUUUGUACUAGAUUUCACCAACCACACGGUGGACAUGCUCUCUCGCCUCGUCGUGCAGCAGCUUUGUAUCGGAGGAGUCUGCAGGCCGGACAUUUUCUCCGACAAGGAAAACGUCGCAAUGCAGGUCCUGGACUGCAGUCCCGGCAGCUACUACCUGGCCUUUGCGACGACCUCCGCGAGCCGAGCGUCCAACAGCAGCGUACCCGAGGACACCCUCCUGAAAGUUUCACUCCUCACCCACCAGGCGGAACACUGCUGUGAUAUUCUCUAGGGGGUUUUCCAAGAUGGAUUUUUUUUUUUUUUUUUUUAUAAUGUCUCUCGGUUAGUUGGGCAUGUUUAGGACAACACAAGGGGUGUUGCGUUUUUGUUGCCCACUUGCACAAUUUGAAGGUUUUGGACCUCGGGAUUUCACGUUCAUAUGCUCAUUUUAUCUGGUCACCGACGUUCGUUUAUGUACGUUGUAUAGAUGGGUACGAUAAUGGGAAGUAUUUUAAGUGCGUGGUACAUCAGAUAGUAGUACCUGAUGUUAUAUUAUAGUAUUUAUGUUUGUGCUUGGGAUAUAUGCAGCAACAAAAUUGUGUCAAUAUUGCGCGUAUUUGAAUGUUUCGUACCGUAACAUUUCGCGUGUAUCAGACUUCCUUCUCGGAAAAAUUGUGCACCGUAAAUUUUAAACUGACCUCGAAGGAGGCCACGACCUCGUGUUUGUCAUGUAUUUAAAUGUGACAAAACAUGUUAGGAAGAUGAGUAUUGACUCCAAUGCUGCAUGUCUAAAAUGCACGUGCGUGCUCGAGAUGUUUACAUUAUACAAAUCAGUGGUGGGUCGGGAAGUAUUGACGUGUGUAUACACUCCACUUGCUUCACCUCGAGUAUUUUUGUACCUAUAUAAAUGAUGCACUACAAUGGAGGUUUCCAGGGCUACCCCAACGAGAGAGGUACUACCUUGCAGCUGACGUACAAAACUAGCAAUUAAAAAGUUGCACAUUUUA